AUGUGCAAGAGUCCAGCCCCCACUUCGAUAAGCAGUAGCAGCAAGAAGAAAAAGAAGCAGGCAACAACAACGACAACAACUAGAAGUGCAACGGAAGAAGAAGAAGUGGUAAUGGUGGGGGGGACCGUGGCAGCCGCAGCCAAUGGAACAGGUCGCCCCAAAGGCCGUUCGUCCAUGUCGGCCGCACGGGCCAUGUUUGAACAGAACAUUGAAAAGAAUGGCAAGCAACAACAACAACAACAAGCACCCAAGCGCAAAGUGAUGCCCAAGGGACGUCGGGUCACCGUGCCCGCUUCCAAGUUGGUGGAUGGUGGUGGAGACAUGGAAAUUGUUCGUAGUCCGUUAAAGAGAAGUCCCAUGCGACAACGACGACGACAAACGGCGGCUCCAACGUCUCCAGUACGCAAACCACCCCAACUGCAAUCGUUGGAAGACGACGACGACGACGAUCGGGAUGUAGACGAUGGCACAGCCGAGACGGAACAGUCGGCCAGUUUGAAGAAUUCUCACGACGAUGCAGAAGCCGACGCGGCAUCGCCGACCACCACUACCGAAACUGCCUCGGACGAUUCCUCGGAAGGAUCACAGCAACAGCAACCACAACAACCUCAGGCGACUACGAGCAGUGAAUCCACGCCUCCCCGCAAAAUCACGGCGGUCAAAUCGAAUAGUGACGCAAAUAGUCAGGACCAGACCACCGACGCGGUUCGCAAAAUCCAACGCGUAUCUCGCCAAUGGUCUGCCAACAAGAAGAACAAGGUGCGGAGAGAAACGCAACAGAUUCAAUUGCAAGAACUCGAAGCAAAACGAGAAAAGGAAAGCAAACGACUCGAACAAAUCAAACAGGGACGACAAGUCAAGAGCAUUCGAAAUUCGCUUUCGGUCUUUCAACAGACGAUCGAAAAGAAUAAGGAAUUUGGAUUCGAGUCUUCGCCCGUUCCGGAGGCAUGGCAAGCCAAGCAUGCCAAGAAACAAGACGAGGAGGAGGAACCCAAGAGACGCAUCACCGAUACGGAUGCUGCCAAAGCUGCCGUCCAAGAGUUGAAUGCCAGCGUCAAGCAAUUGCAAUGGCAAGCCAUUCAAGCUUCUUUUGAAGAAGAAGAGUCCGUGGAAGAAGAUGCCGCCUUGGAAUCGGCGUCGUCUUCGUCCUCGUCGUCGGAUGGGUCGUCAGACGGGAGCAGCUCGGAAAGCAGCAGCGACGAAGAAGAAGACGACAAUGUCAUUGUUGAAGAAACCGAACAAGAUCUAGACGAGGAUGACACCAUUGUAUCCAUGUCACUCGAACAAUUGCAGGAACAGCAUGACUUGGAACUGAAAGAAAAACAAUCGACUCGAAACAACAAUAAUAAUAACAGCAACAACAAGGCCACCAAUGAACGACCCCAACGACUCCCCAGUGCGGAAUCAACACUCUCACCCAUUCGAGUUCCGGCAAACAUUAAAGUACCUCUGACGGCGCAACCGAAUGUUUUGGAUCACGAAUCGUCCUCGACCAUGGCUUCGACUGAUCCGCCCAUUCCACAAUCCAUCAUUUUGGGAUUCGAAGACUCCAUGGCAUCGGAAAUUUCACUUCAAUCCAAAUGGUCCACACCACCCGUCAUGUCCGCGCGACAGCAAAUGAUGCAAAAACAAGAGUCGGCCAGAUGGAUCUCACAGCAAGUAUCGCCCAAGAAAAAGGAAGAAGAUUACUGGGACAAACCCAUUUGCUUUCGAAUGCCACAACCGUCCUACCUCAAACCACCCGCACAACCACAGAAAGAACGAUGGGCCGUACAUCCGCGGGUUGUAUAUGGAAAACCAAAAACAACCAAAGCCGUACAACCCAAUCGAUGGACCACCAAUGAACGUACCAAUAGUGAGGAACAACAACAACAAGAACAACAGCCACAACAAACACCACCCUUAGCUACAGAAGAUCCACGAUGGGCCGCCACGGCACCGGGCAAGAAAAAGAAACCCGUCUUUCCACAAAAUGUCUCAAGAUGGGCGGCACAACCCAAGAAAAAGAAAUUGCCCGAAAAUGCGGUUCGACGUGUCGGACGGGCUACUGGUGGUGCCAAGGCAACGCAACGAAAACCACAACGACAGAAUACCCAAGAAGGACCCGAUUCGCCCAAACCAACGCAACGAAAACCACAACGACAAACGACUCAAGAAGGACCCGAUUCGCCCAAACCAACGCAACGAAAACCACAACGACAAACGACGCAAGAAAGCCGCGUCGACGAACCAAAGGGAAUUCCCAAACGACAACCCACCCAAGAAUCCGUAUUUGAAAAGGCAGUGGCGGCCCGUAGAAGCAGAAAGAACGUAGCACCGCCAAGUCGACGACGAUCCGUUUCGGGGGAACAGGUCAUGACCAAGGAAGACGAAGCGGCAGUGGCUGCAGCCAUGGCGGCGCCCAACUCAAUGCCCAUGGUCGAUCGCAGUGACAAGACGGACGAACGUGACGACAAUCAAAGCUGCGAAAAAAAGGAACGAAAAAAGGUCGUCAAGUUACUGAAUCGAUCGAUGAGUCUAGGUGAAGUCAAGCGCAUUGUAUCCGCGACACGAAUUCAGUCCUUUGCACGCAUGUUCUUGCAACGGUAUCGGUACGAGCUGGGACGAAAGCAACAACGAAAGGACCAAGUAGAAAAGGAAACCCAGGACGAAAUUGCCCACAUUCAAGAAUGCCUCAAGCUACGACUGCAGUCGAUUCGAGACAAAAUGGAACGGGAGAACUCCAUGGGAUUGGCGCCAGCAGCCGCCACCGAAGCGAGUGGGGACGAUGAUGCGGCAGCAUCGUUGCGGACUGAAAUUGCUGCCUUGGAAGCCGUCAAUAGCAAGCUACAGUCGCAGUGCGAUCGAUUACGAGCGACCAAUUCACGGGUGCAAGGUGGCAACAAGACACGGGAAGCUGCCGUGAAAGAAGUCUCCGCGCGUCUCAAAAAGUUGCAACACAUUCACAAGAAACUCAACAAGGUAUAUGGAGAAUUCCAAGUCGAGAACAAGACCAUUCAAGCUGAACUGGAUAAGACCUGCGCAAGUUUGAAAAAGGAGCAUGUCUUGCAGGAAAGAACCAAAAAGUGCAUUCGUCAGAUUGUCACGCAUGUUCGGUCCAAGCAAGGAAAAGAAAAUGUGGAUCUCAUGGAAGAGUUGGAAGAUACGGUUCCAGUGGACUGUCUCAUGUAA